AUGGCACGUAAAGAUAAUCCGGGUAUUUAUCCAAAAGCGGAUUAUAAAUCACAACAAACGUUCAGUCCAAGCCUUGAUUAUGAAACGGUUUUAAUAAAAUUUCGUGAAGAUUUUAACAAGCGAUGGGAAAGUAAUACGGUCUCUCCGGAAACUGGUCUCGAAGGUUUCGAUGAGAAAGCCACUCUAGGUGCUGGUUCAUUCGGUCGUGUGGUGUUGGUUAAAGAGAAAACUUCAAUUCGUUAUUUUGCGGCGAAAAUUUUGCUAAAAGAUCAAAUCGUUCGGACAAAGCAAGUCUCUCACGUUCAUAACGAAAAGAAGGUUUUGGAAUGUAUACGUUUUCCGUUUCUGAUAUAUUUAGAAUUCGCUACCAAGGAUUACGAUUGCCUAUAUUUAGGUUUACCUUUCAUAAAUGGUGGCGAAUUGUUUACCUAUCAUCGCAAAGUUCGUAAGUUCAAUGAGAAGCAGGCACGCUUCUAUGCAGCUCAAGUCUUUUUGGGGCUCGAAUAUAUGCAUAAUGUACAUUUGCUCUAUAGGGACUUGAAACCUGAAAACAUACUCAUCGACAACAAUGGUUAUCUGAAAAUUACUGACUUUGGCUUUGCGAAAAAAGUGGAAACACGUACAAUGACCUUGUGCGGUACCCCCGAAUAUUUGCCGCCCGAAAUAAUACAAUCAAAACCCUACGGUACGAGCGUAGAUUGGUGGUCAUUCGGUGUGCUAGUAUUUGAAUUAGUCGCGGGCAAUUCACCUUUUUCGCCAUUUAGCAAAGAUGUUAUGGUUAUGUACGCGAAAAUCUGUGAAGGUGAAUACAAAAUGCCUGCCUUCUUUAGUGCGCAACUUAGAGAUUUGGUCGAUCAUUUGCUGCAAGUCGAUCUAUCAAAAAGGUAUGGGAAUUUAACAAAUGGCGUUAAGGAUAUCAAAGAUCAUGCGUGGUUCAAACCAAUCGAUUGGUAUGGUCUAUUAAAUCAAGAAAUUGCAGCACCUUAUGUACCCACGGUGGCGAAUAUGGAAGACUUGUCAAAUUUCGAUAAAUAUCCGGAACCGAAACCAAUGCAUAAAUCAAAAACUAAUCGUCACGGUGAAGUGUUUGCAAAUUUUUAG